AUGCCUUCCGCUGUCUUGCAUGGUCCACCCACUGACUGGCCGGCGUGGGACGGCGCUCCGUUACCACGAACAAGGCGCCUGCCAGAGGAUCAGAGCCUUUGUUCAUCUUCCUUCUCAGCCGUGAAGUUGAAGAGGAAAGGACGCACACAAGAUGGGCAUUCAUGCGACUGUACAGACAAGCCAAAGAAGAAGGAUGUGGCAGCUUCUCCGUUCAACCUUUUCGGUAGUAAGGAGAAGAAGGGCACAGAGCAAAUCGCCCAGGAGCUCGAACGAGAGCGGCAGCAGGCGGAAAGAGAGAACGCAGACAAGGAGAUGGCCACUGCUUUUGGUGAGUUCGAAGGAGCCAGAGAGCAGUACGAUAAGGCAAUGGCAGAGGUGAACUCCGCCUGGAGAGCCUUCCUUGAACAGCAGCCAAAGUAUGAGACCUCUUUUUGGCUCCUCAAGGCCUUGCAUGAUUCCGAGUGCCGGAAGCUCAUGGAAGACCACAAUGGUGCCAUGGCGGAUUGCCACAAGAAUUGGCUGACCGCACGAGAGGAGUAUUUCGCGCGAGCACGCAUACCUCAGUGCGUACAAGGAGAGGAGGCGGCCUUUGAAUUUCAGGUCUCACCCCUUCUGGCCGUCAUGGCUCCCGUCCUUGGCUCAGCAGGAGCAGAUCAGAAGAGCCGCAAAAUCACCCAUUUCUUGUGA